AUGAACAUGAGCGAAAAAAUUGGUACGAAGAAAAAACAUUUCCGACGAUGGCAUUGGUCAGAGAAAAAAGGAAGAAAAAAAAGAAACAACACUAUCAUUCAACGCCAGAGCAUUAGUAGUAGAAGUGUAGCUCGAGCUACACCACUACCACCGUUAUGGUGGUCGCCAGCAAGUUUAAUAUGUCAUGUUAAAAGUCGACAUUACGCCAAUAAAGUUUGUAUUGGAACUCAAUGGAAGUGGUCAACAGCUGAUUCAACUGUAAUUCUAAACAAUGAUAAUAGACAAAUUUUAUUCCAUCCUCGUGUAAGUUCAUCAACACAAGUUAUUCUUGCUGAUCGAUCAUUGCCUAUCAGUGGAAAAUAUUAUUGGGAAAUCUAUAUGCCAGCUGUUUAUGGAACAUCGAUUAUGUUCGGUAUUGCCACUAACAAACAAAAAUUAACGUCGGAGAAUUUUACAGAUUUAAUCGGAAUUGAUCACAAUGGAUGGGGAUUAGCGCACCAUGGUCUAUUGUGGCAUAAUGGAAUCUCACGUUCCUAUUUGUCGAAACCAAUUGAACCACUUCAACCGGUUCUAGUAGGUUUAGAAUUCGAUGCUGAUGCUCGUACACUUUCAUAUUCAAUUGAUAAUCAAUCGAUGGGCAUUGCUUUUCAUUCGAUACCAAGAGAUAUACCUAUUUAUCCAGCUGUAUCAUCCACCAGUGCGCAUAGUACAAUGAUUCUUCAACAUCGUUGUCAACUAUGUUCAUCUCUACGUGAAAUUUGUUUGAGAGUGAUAAGAUCAACACACUUAUUCGAUCAUACUAAUUAUCAAUUAUUACCUCAUCAUUUGAUUAGACAAUUGAUGCAAUAA